GGAAGCGCGUCACGUGAUCCGGCAUGGAGGCGGUGGCGGCGACCGGGAGGAGCCGCCGGGGCAGAAGCCGCACUUGUUAGUGUGGGGGGAGGUGGGGGCGGGGGACGCCGACACCGUCACCGUCACCCAGGGACGCCGAGGAGAAGGCGGGAGGGGGGUGGGGGCGAGAUCAGGCUCCGACCCCCUGCCGAGGGGAUGAGGGGAGCAUGGGUGCCAAGGAGUCACGGAUCGGAUUCCUCAGCUACGAGGAGGCGCUGAGGAGAGUUACAGAUGUAGAGCUAAAACGACUGAAGGAUGCCUUCAAGAGGACCUGUGGACUCUCAUAUUACAUGGGCCAGCACUGCUUCAUCCGGGAGGUGCUUGGGGAUGGAGUGCCUCCAAAAGUUGCUGAGGUGAUCUACUGUUCUUUUGGUGGAACAUCCAAAGGGCUGCACUUCAAUAAUUUAAUAGUUGGACUUGUCCUCCUUACAAGAGGCAAAGAUGAAGAGAAAGCAAAAUACAUUUUUAGUCUUUUUUCAAGUGAAUCUGGAAACUAUGUUAUACGGGAAGAAAUGGAAAGAAUGCUCCAUGUGGUGGAUGGUAAAGUCCCAGAUACACUCAGGAAGUGCUUCUCAGAGGGUGAAAAGGUAAACUAUGAAAAGUUUAGAAAUUGGCUUUUUCUAAACAAAGAUGCUUUUACUUUCUCUCGAUGGCUUCUAUCUGGAGGUGUGUAUGUUACCCUCACUGAUGAUAGUGAUACUCCUACUUUCUACCAAACUCUGGCUGGAGUCACGCAUUUGGAGGAAUCAGACAUCAUUGAUCUUGAGAAACGCUAUUGGUUAUUGAAGGCUCAGUCCCGGACUGGACGAUUUGAUUUAGAGACAUUUGGCCCAUUGGUUUCACCACCUAUUCGUCCAUCUCUAAGUGAAGGUUUGUUUAAUGCUUUUGAUGAAAAUCGUGACAAUCACAUAGAUUUUAAGGAGAUAUCCUGUGGGUUAUCAGCCUGUUGCAGGGGACCCCUGGCUGAAAGACAAAAAUUUUGCUUCAAGGUAUUUGAUGUUGACCGUGAUGGAGUUCUCUCCAGGGUUGAACUGAGAGACAUGGUGGUUGCACUUUUAGAAGUCUGGAAGGACAACCGCACUGAUGAUAUUCCUGAAUUACAUAUGGAUCUCUCUGACAUUGUAGAAGGCAUAUUGAAUGCACAUGACACCACAAAGAUGGGUCAUCUUACUCUGGAAGACUAUCAGAUCUGGAGUGUGAAAAAUGUUCUUGCCAAUGAGUUUUUGAACCUCCUUUUCCAGGUGUGUCACAUAGUUCUGGGGUUAAGACCAGCUACUCCGGAAGAAGAAGGACAAAUUAUUAGAGGAUGGUUAGAACGAGAGAGCAGGUAUGGUCUGCAACCAGGACACAACUGGUUUAUCAUCUCCAUGCAGUGGUGGCAGCAGUGGAAAGAAUAUGUCAAAUACGUGAGUUAGAUUCCUGUCUAUUUACAUUUUUCACAGAUUUUCAACUCCGAAAAAUACUCAUUUGGAACUGCAGUCCAUCCUAUGGAGCAGGUCGAGAUUAGAAUUUGGAGCAGGCCUCAUUAUUGUUUAAUACUACAGAAGAGGAAUUUUUCAGACAACAUUUCUACUGCAUCUGGCUCAGAAACUGCUGGCAGCGGCUUUCUGUAUUCUGCCACACCAGGGGCAGAUGUUUGCUUUGCUCGACAACAUAACACUUCUGACAAUAACAACCAGUGUUUGCUGGGAGCCAAUGGGAAUAUUUUGUUGCACCUUAACCCUCAGAAACCAGGGGCUAUUGAUAAUCAGCCGUUAGUAACUCAAGAACCAGUAAAGGCUACAUCAUUAACACUAGAAGGAGGACGAUUAAAACGAACUCCACAGCUGAUUCAUGGAAGAGAUUAUGAAAUGGUCCCAGAACCUGUGUGGAGAGCGCUUUAUCAUUGGUAUGGAGCAAACCUGGCCCUACCUAGACCAGUGAUCAAGAACAGCAAGACAGACAUCCCAGAGCUGGAGUUAUUUCCCCGCUAUCUUCUCUUCCUGAGACAGCAGCCUGCCACUCGGACACAGCAGUCUAACAUCUGGGUGAAUAUGGGAAAUGUACCUUCUCCGAAUGCACCUUUAAAGCGGGUAUUAGCCUAUACAGGCUGUUUUAGUCGAAUGCAGACCAUCAAGGAAAUUCACGAAUAUCUGUCUCAAAGGCUGCGCAUUAAAGAGGAAGAUAUGCGCCUGUGGCUAUACAACAGUGAGAACUACCUUACUCUUCUGGAUGAUGAGGAUCAUAGAUUGGAAUAUUUGAAAAUCCAGGAUGAACAACACCUGGUAAUUGAAGUUCGCAACAAAGAUAUGAGUUGGCCUGAGGAGAUGUCUUUUAUAGCAAAUAGUAGUAAAAUAGAUAGACACAAAGUUCCCACAGAAAAGGGAGCCACAGGUCUAAGCAACCUGGGAAACACAUGCUUCAUGAACUCAAGCAUCCAGUGUGUUAGUAACACACAGCCACUGACACAGUAUUUUAUCUCAGGGAGACAUCUUUAUGAACUCAACAGGACAAAUCCCAUUGGUAUGAAGGGGCAUAUGGCUAAAUGCUAUGGUGAUUUAGUACAGGAACUUUGGAGUGGAACUCAGAAGAAUGUUGCCCCAUUAAAGCUUCGGUGGACCAUAGCAAAAUAUGCUCCCAGGUUUAAUGGGUUUCAGCAACAAGACUCCCAAGAACUUCUGGCUUUUCUCUUGGAUGGUCUUCAUGAAGAUCUCAACCGAGUCCAUGAAAAGCCAUAUGUGGAACUGAAGGACAGUGAUGGCCGACCAGACUGGGAAGUAGCUGCAGAGGCCUGGGACAACCAUCUAAGAAGAAAUAGAUCAAUUGUUGUGGAUUUGUUCCAUGGGCAGCUAAGAUCUCAAGUCAAAUGCAAGACAUGUGGGCAUAUAAGUGUCCGAUUUGACCCUUUCAAUUUUUUGUCUUUGCCACUACCAAUGGACAGUUAUAUGCACUUAGAAAUAACAGUGAUUAAGUUAGAUGGUACUACCCCUGUGCGGUAUGGACUAAGGCUGAAUAUGGAUGAAAAGUACACAGGUUUAAAAAAACAGCUGAGCGAUCUCUGUGGACUUAAUUCAGAGCAAAUCCUUCUAGCAGAAGUACAUGGUUCCAACAUAAAGAACUUUCCUCAGGACAACCAAAAAGUACGACUCUCAGUGAGUGGAUUUUUGUGUGCAUUUGAAAUUCCUGUCCCUGCAUCUCCAAUUUCAGCUUCUAGUCCAACACAGACAGAUUUCUCCUCUUCACCAUCUACAAAUGGAAUGUUCACCUUAACUACCAAUGGGGACCUACCCCGACCAAUAUUCAUCCCCAAUGGAAUGCCAAACACUGUUGUGCCUUGUGGAACUGAGAAGAACUUCACAAAUGGAAUGGUUAAUGGUCACAUGUCAUCUCUUCCUGACAGCCCCUUUACAGGUUACAUCAUUGCAGUCCACCGAAAAAUGAUGAGGACAGAACUGUAUUUCCUGUCAUCUCAGAAGAAUCGCCCGAGCCUCUUUGGAAUGCCACUGAUUGUUCCAUGUACUGUGCAUACCCGGAAGAAAGACCUAUAUGAUGCAGUUUGGAUUCAAGUGUCCCGGUUAGCGAGCCCACUCCCACCUCAGGAAGCUAGUAAUCAUGCCCAGGAUUGUGAUGAUAGUAUGGGCUAUCAAUAUCCAUUCACUCUACGAGUUGUGCAGAAAGAUGGGAACACCUGUGCUUGGUGCCCAUGGUAUAGAUUUUGCCGAGGCUGUAAAAUUGAUUGUGGGGAAGACAGAGCUUUCAUUGGAAAUGCCUAUAUUGCUGUGGAUUGGGACCCCACAGCCCUUCACCUUCGCUAUCAAACAUCCCAGGAAAGGGUUGUCGAUGAGCAUGAGAGUGUGGAGCAGAGUCGGCGAGCACAAGCCGAGCCCAUCAACCUGGACAGCUGUCUCCGUGCUUUCACCAGUGAGGAAGAGCUAGGGGAAAAUGAGAUGUACUACUGUUCCAAGUGUAAGACCCACUGCUUAGCAACAAAGAAGCUGGAUCUCUGGAGGCUUCCACCCAUCCUGAUUAUUCAUCUUAAGCGAUUUCAAUUCGUAAAUGGUCGGUGGAUAAAAUCACAGAAAAUUGUCAAAUUUCCUCGGGAAAGUUUUGAUCCAAGUGCUUUUUUGGUACCAAGAGACCCGGCUCUCUGUCGGCGUAAACCACUCACACCCCAGGGGGAUGAGCUUUCCGAGCCCCGGGUUCUGGCAAGAGAGGUGAAGAAAGUGGAUGCGCAGAGUUCGGCUGGGGAAGAGGACGUGCUCCUGAGCAAAAGCCCAUCCUCACUCAGCGCUAACAUCAUCAGCAGCCCGAAAGGUUCUCCUUCUUCAUCAAGAAAAAGUGGAGCCAGCUGUCCCUCCAGCAAAAACAGCAGCCCUAGUAGCAGCCCACGGACUUUGGGGAGGAGCAAAGGGAGGCUCCGGCUGCCCCAGAUUGGCAGCAAAAAUAAACUGUCAAGUAGUAAGGAGAACUUGGAUGCCAGCAGAGAUAAUGGGGCUGGGCAGAUCUGUGAGCUGGCUGACGCCUUGAGCCGAGGGCAUAUGCUGGGGGGCAGCCAGCCAGAGCUGGUCACUCCUCAGGACCACGAGGUAGCUUUGGCCAAUGGAUUCCUUUAUGAGCAUGAAGCAUGUGGCAAUGGCUACAGCAAUGGUCAGCUUGGAAACCACAGUGAAGAAGACAGCACUGAUGACCAAAGAGAAGACACUCGUAUUAAGCCUAUUUAUAAUCUAUAUGCAAUUUCGUGCCAUUCAGGAAUUCUGGGUGGGGGCCAUUACGUCACUUAUGCCAAAAACCCAAACUGCAAGUGGUACUGUUACAAUGACAGCAGCUGUAAGGAACUUCACCCUGAUGAAAUUGACACCGACUCUGCCUACAUUCUUUUCUAUGAGCAGCAGGGGAUAGACUAUGCACAAUUUCUGCCAAAGAUUGAUGGCAAAAAGAUGGCAGACACAAGCAGUAUGGAUGAAGACUUUGAGUCUGAUUACAAAAAGUACUGUGUGUUACAGUAAAGCUACCACUCUGGCUGCUAGACAGCUUGGUAGUGAGGGAGAUGACUCCUUGUAGCUGACAUUUGGCAAAAGUGUCACUGAAAGGCAAGCUAAAUGUAGUUAUUUUAUCCUGUGACCCUGAAGCACAAAAUAAAAAUUCUAAUUAAAAUAGUUAACUUUAAGAGUAGUAAUAAUUUUAUUUUGAAGUCUCAUACAAGCUCUCCGAUAGAGAACUUUCAGGCAGAUCCCACCAUUAGCCUGUAAACAAAAGGUUUGGCACCAGCCACCUGGGACCAAAUAAGAAUUCAAUUUGUGCUUGUCCAGAUAUGAACAAAUAUGUAGUGAGUAUAGAGUUUACCAAUAAUCAUAACAAAUAUUAAAGAUUUCCUUGGAGUCAAAGUAAAAAAAAAAAAAUUAUAAUGUUGUCUAGGGACGACAUGAUAUGCUACCUCCUUUUUCCUGAAGUUUUAUUCCAUUAUAUUGACAAGAUGGAGAAAGCAAGAUCAUGAAGGUGUGCAAAUGAUUCUUAUGGCAUGGACGAGGUUUUUUCCAUUUAUUUUUAAAACUGUUUCGCUACCCUUUCUUUGUCUUUCUUGCUUUUUGUUUUUGUUGUUGUGUUUAUGUUUGAGACACAACCAGUCAUUGGUAGCUGGGGCAUAUAGUGGUCAGUCUAAAAGGGAGGCUCUCUUAAGAGCUAUGUGCCUUCCGCUCAGAGACCCAGUAGAAGACCCAGUAGAAAGAAAAAGCAUCCUGGGAAAUCCAGCUACCAUGGCCCUCCCAGCAGAGGCAUCUUACAUUUAGGAUACUUCAAGUAUCCUCAGAAAUGUAUUCUGCACCCCCGGCCCCGCCCAUGCUGAGGGAAGGGGGGCAGUUGCCAAUAUUUGCACCAUCUUCACAUGCACAUGUUGCAACAAGAGCUUCUGGGAAGGUAAGCAGCAUCGGAGCUAGAUCGCGUUUCACAAUUAGUGGUCGUUCUUUUCCGUGUUUGCUUUGCACUUUAAAAAAGAGAGAACACAUGCAGAUGAACUUGCUUGUGUGUAUUUGAUGGCUCUAAGGGCUAUAAAUUACAAACAAAACACAUCCCAGACAUUAGGAGUUCAUAAGUAUAUUUAAUGAAAUUGGUGGUUUUAGGAAGUCAACUUUAGUUUUGCUUUGUUUGCAUGUCCAGUAAUUUUUUUAUUUUGAUAUUUGUCUUUUUUUUUUAAUUUUACAGUAGUGAUUGAAAGUUAUGUUUCUUUGCUUACUUCAUUUUUUCCUCCAAUUAUUCAAGACUGGAACAAAAGUAUAAAUAUUAUUUAUUUCAGGUAGCAUUUUUUUCAUGUAGUUUUUUAAUAUAUACUUGAAGGAAAUGUUUCACCUUAUUUUUGGUCUUUGUUUAUUCAUUUAGAUCCUGCAAGUUGAUUCUCUUUAAUUGUCAGAUUCCACUACCCUUUCUUCCUCAUAGGUAGUAAUUACCAAUGUAACUAAGCAUUUGUGUUCUGAUAUCUGAGGCCAUUAACUAUUAAUAUCUAGUUCUCAAAGCGUUUGGAAAGAUUAUCUUAAAUGGCUACCUAAAGUGAAAUCCUUUUCAGAGAAAAUAUAAUUGCAAGUAGGUAGGAGUGGCCUCAAUUGUCUAAUGUAAUAAAGGCAGACAAAAUGCAUACUUUAUAGUUUCAAGAUUUUCAGUAUAUAAAAUCUGUCCAUUCCUACCUGGACAUGUCCCAUUAAAAAGUGGAAGAUUUUAAAUAAUUUCUUUACAGAUGUUUUAUUUAAGCAGGUAGCACAAUCUACUAAUGUUGUUUGAUCUGUGUUUGUUAUACUGGUUGUAAUUAAUUUUUUUAAUUCAUGAACUAGCAGAAAAUUUAUUAAAUUAACUAUUAACUACAUUCACCUUGUAAAUUACUGUAUAAAACUUGUUGACAAUGCACUGACAUUAGAAAGAUGUUAAUGUACAUAAAUAGAGUGUAAAUAAAAUAGUGUUGAUGUACUGAAAUAUGAACUGUAUAAAAAGUAUUGGUAAUUGUAUAUGGGGUGUACCUGUUUAUCUGUAACUAUUAUCCAAACAAAUUAAAUACUGUGGAUGCCUCUAUGUGUUGUUUUUCCUCAUAUGAGUAAACCCAGAAAGUCAAA